UUUCCUCUUUCUCGUUCUUCUCCUUGCCCUCCUUUCUGGGUUGCUCUCUGUCGCAUCCUUUGGUUCUUUGAUACCCUGUGUAAUCCCGAAGGGGAUUACACUACUGAUCCUGAGCCUGGUCAAGUCUGGCUGCUAUCCUCUUCCCUUGGUGGUAAUUAA